AUGAACAUUACCAAUGGGUUGAAGGGACUAAAGAUAUCUCAGAAGCGGCAGCGAGAUAGUUUCAAGGGCUCUUUUGUCAGAAAGAUGUACAGAAUAAUUUCUCGGAUUUUGGAUUUUAUAGAACCUUCUAUGUCUGAGGAUGUAAACUCUAAAUUGACUGCAUUACCUACUGAGGAGGAAUUGAAAGUUUGUGUCCUUUCUAUGGACCCAGAUAGUUCUCCUGGACCGGAUGGUUUUACAACAAAUUUUUUUCAAAAAUGCUGGCUGAGCAUUAUUUUACCAGAUUUGAUAAGUUGGAACCAAAGUGGUUUUGUGAAAGGCAGAGCUAUUACUGAAAAUAUUUUACUUGCUCAGGAAAUCAUCCAAGAUAUUGGAAAAACAAAUGAGAAAGGAAAUGUUGCAUUAAAACUUGAUAUGGCUAAGGCAUAUGAUAGAGUGUCGUGGUCUUAUCUAUGUGUUCUAAUGAGAAAUUUAGGUUUUAGUGAAACUUGGAUUGACAACAUUUUCAGACAUAUCUCUAGCAACUGGUAUUCUCUAAUUGUUAAUGGCACUAGGCAAGCCUUUUUCAAAUCUGAGAGAGGUCUAAGACAGGGAGACCCUAUCUCUCCUUCUCUGUUUGUUAUUUGUGCUGAAUUUCUUUCUAGAAUAAAUCACAUUGCUUCUCUUAAUGCUUUUAAAGCCUUUCAUAUGAAUAAGAAAGGCCCUAUUAUUAAUCAUCUUGCCUUUGCUGAUGAUAUCAUUCUCUUUUCUAGUGGUUGCAGGAAAUCAUUAGGACUUCUUAUGGAGGCUCUUACUGAUUAUGAAAGAGUUUCAGGAAAACUGGUCAACAAGCAAAAAUCUUGUUUUAUUCUAAAUCCAAAUGCUCAACCAGAGGAAAUUUCAAGGGUGGAAAGCAUCAUUGGGAUGGAGCACAAAGCUUUACCUAUAAAAUAUCUGGGAUGUCCACUAUAUGUAGGAAUGAAAAAGAUAGUUAUAUUCUCAGAAAUGAUAACCAAGGUCAUCAACAAAAUUUUAGGAUGGCACACUAAAUUUCUGUCCUCUGGUGGCAGAGCAGUGUUGAUCAGGCAUGUUCUUCUUGCAUUACCAACUCAUCUUCUGGCAGCUAUUCACCCUCCCAAAGGUGUGCUUAAUCAAAUAGAAAGAAUUCUUAACAGAUUCUUUUGGGGAGGGUUUGCAGAAAGAAGAAGAUAUCAUUGGUCUUCCUGGGAUAAGCUUCGCUUUCCUUAUGAAGAGGGGGGAACAAAUUUCAGGAAACUUUAA